UUAAUUUCUCCGUGGUGCUGCAGCUGGAGACCGCGGAGCGUUGAAAAUGACGCUCGGAGCUUUAAUUACCGCAGCCGCUGGACAAGUGUGAGGAAAGCUGACAGGAAAAAGGACGGGAUCGGGGGAGAAGCCAGAAGCUCCCCCCGCCCCCCUCUUGCCUCCCGAUUUGGACUGGAGGUGCAAGGAAACUGAAAAAGGGAGCCGAACAUAGCCCGGCUGGUGGGGGAGAGGCCGGAAACCUACCGCCUCUUUGCAAUCAACUUUUUUUGGAAACCUUUUUCCCCCCCUCUUCCUUUUUAUUGUUGACCAACCAGGGAAAGAGAGAGAAAGUGAAGAGGGAGCGAGAGCGCGAAGCUCCCACAGGGAAAUAGCUGCACAGUCCGCCCGGAGCAGCCCGCACAAUUCCUGAGCGCUCCCCCGGGUGCCCCGCGGCGCCCACUCCUCUCCGGUGAGCCCAGCCCUGGGCCUGCGGGCGCGGACUCUGUCGCAAGCGCUGGGAGCCAGUGGACUGCGCGCGCCGCGCCCGCCCCUUCGCGCCCCCAUUCGCUCCGGACUGGGGGAUAGCCUCCGCUUGCCCGAAAGGGGCUAUGCCAUUUGGACAUGUAAUUGUCAGCACGGGACCUGAGACUUGCAAAAAAUGAAGCUGGCGACAGGACUGUGGGUCUGGGUGAGCCUUCUCCUGGCGGCGGGGACCGUCCAGCACGGCGCUUCUCAGUCAGUGUGUGCAGGAACGGAAAAUAAACUGAGCUCUCUCUCAGACUUGGAACAGCAGUACCGAGCCUUACGCAAAUACUAUGAAAACUGUGAGGUGGUGAUGGGCAACCUGGAGAUUACCAGCAUCGAGCAUAACCGGGACCUGACCUUCCUGAGGUCUAUUCGAGAAGUCACCGGCUAUGUCUUAGUAGCUCUUAACCAGUUCCGUUACCUGCCUCUGGAAAAUCUACGCAUUAUUCGUGGGACAAAGCUCUAUGAGGAUCGAUAUGCGCUGGCAGUAUUUCUAAACUACAGGAAAGAUGGAAACUUUGGACUUCAGCAACUUGGAUUAAAGAACUUGACAGAAAUCUUAAAUGGUGGAGUCUACGUGGACCAGAACAAGUUCCUCUGCUAUGCAGACACAAUUCAUUGGCAAGAUAUUGUUCGGAAUCCAUGGCCUUCCAACUUGACUUUGGUGUCAACAAAUGGUAGCUCAGGAUGUGGGCGUUGCCAUAAAUCCUGUACUGGCCGAUGCUGGGGACCCACAGAACAUCACUGCCAGACUUUGACAAGGACAGUGUGUGCAGAACAAUGUGACGGCAGGUGCUACGGACCCUAUGUCAGUGACUGCUGCCAUCGGGAAUGUGCCGGAGGCUGUUCAGGACCUAAGGACACGGAUUGCUUCGCCUGCAUGAAUUUCAAUGACAGUGGAGCCUGUGUUACUCAGUGUCCCCAAACCUUUGUCUACAAUCCAACCACUUUUCAGUUGGAACAUAAUUUCAAUGCAAAGUAUACCUACGGAGCGUUCUGUGUCAAGAAAUGCCCACAUAAUUUUGUGGUAGAUUCCAGUUCUUGUGUACGUGCCUGUCCCAGUUCCAAGAUGGAAGUAGAAGAAAAUGGUAUUAAAAUGUGCAAACCUUGUACUGACAUUUGCCCAAAAGCUUGUGAUGGUAUUGGCACAGGAUCACUGAUGUCAGCCCAGACGGUGGAUGCCAGCAACAUCGACAAAUUCAUAAACUGCACCAAGAUCAAUGGGAAUUUGAUCUUCCUUGUCACUGGUAUUCAUGGGGAUCCUUACAAUGCAAUUGAAGCUAUAGAUCCAGAGAAACUGAAUGUCUUCCGGACUGUCAGAGAAAUAACAGGCUUCUUGAACAUACAGUCAUGGCCACCAAACAUGACUGACUUCAGUGUUUUCUCCAACUUGGUCACCAUUGGUGGAAGAGUGCUCUAUAGCGGCCUCUCCCUGCUUAUCCUCAAGCAACAGGGCAUCACCUCUCUACAGUUUCAGUCUCUGAAGGAAAUCAGUGCUGGAAACAUCUAUAUCACUGACAACAGCAACCUGUGUUACUAUCAUACCAUUAAUUGGACAACCCUGUUCAGCACAAUCAACCAACGCAUAGUGAUCCGCGACAACAGGAAAGCUGAAAAUUGUACUGCUGAGGGGAUGGUGUGCAACCAUCUGUGUUCAAAUGAUGGCUGCUGGGGACCUGGACCGGACCAGUGCUUGUCAUGCCGCCGCUUCAGCCGGGGAAAGGUCUGCAUUGAGUCCUGUAACCUCUAUGAUGGUGAAUUUCGGGAGUUUGAGAAUGGCUCCAUCUGCGUGGAGUGUGACCCCCAAUGUGAGAAGAUGGAAGAUGGCCUCCUUACAUGCCAUGGACCGGGACCCGAUAACUGUACAAAGUGCUCUCAUUUUAAGGAUGGCCCAAACUGUGUGGAAAAAUGUCCAGAUGGCUUACAAGGGACAAACAGUUUCAUUUUCAAGUAUGCUGAUCAGGAUCGGGAGUGCCACCCCUGCCACCCCAACUGCACCCAAGGGUGUAACGGUCCCACUAGUCAUGACUGCAUUUACUACCCAUGGACGGGCCAUUCCACUUUACCACAACAUGCUAGAACUCCCCUGAUUGCAGCCGGAGUCAUUGGUGGACUUUUUAUCCUGGUCAUCCUGGCUCUGACGUUUGCAGUUUACGUUAGACGGAAAAGCAUAAAAAAGAAAAGAGCCCUGAGAAGAUUCCUGGAAACAGAGCUGGUGGAGCCCUUGACGCCCAGCGGCACGGCACCUAAUCAAGCUCAACUUCGCAUUUUGAAAGAAACUGAGCUCAAGAGGGUCAAAGUCCUUGGCUCUGGAGCUUUUGGAACAGUUUAUAAAGGCAUUUGGGUACCUGAAGGAGAAACAGUGAAGAUUCCUGUGGCUAUUAAGAUUCUUAACGAGACAACUGGUCCCAAGGCCAAUGUGGAGUUCAUGGAUGAAGCUCUGAUAAUGGCGAGCAUGGAUCAUCCACACCUAGUCCGUUUAUUAGGUGUGUGUCUGAGCCCAACGAUCCAGUUGGUUACCCAGCUUAUGCCCCAUGGCUGCCUUUUGGAUUAUGUUCAUGAACACAAGGAUAACAUUGGCUCACAACUGCUGCUUAACUGGUGUGUCCAGAUAGCUAAGGGAAUGAUGUACCUGGAAGAACGACGACUUGUUCAUCGAGAUUUGGCAGCCCGAAAUGUCUUAGUGAAAUCUCCAAACCAUGUGAAAAUCACAGAUUUUGGACUGGCCAGACUCCUGGAAGGAGAUGAAAAAGAGUAUAACGCUGAUGGAGGAAAGAUGCCAAUCAAAUGGAUGGCUUUGGAGUGUAUACAUUAUAGGAAAUUCACACACCAGAGUGAUGUUUGGAGCUAUGGAGUAACUAUAUGGGAACUGAUGACCUUUGGAGGAAAACCUUAUGAUGGAAUCCCAACCCGCGAAAUUCCUGACUUGUUAGAGAAGGGGGAACGUUUGCCGCAGCCCCCCAUCUGCACUAUUGACGUUUACAUGGUCAUGGUCAAAUGUUGGAUGAUUGAUGCUGACAGCAGACCUAAGUUCAAGGAACUGGCUGCUGAAUUUUCAAGGAUGGCCCGAGACCCUCAGCGAUACUUAGUUAUACAGGGUGAUGAUCGCAUGAAGCUUCCUAGUCCCAAUGACAGCAAGUUCUUUCAGAACCUCCUGGAUGAAGAAGACUUAGAAGAUAUGAUGGAUGCUGAAGAAUAUCUGGUCCCUCACUCUUUUAACAUCCCACCUCCCAUCUACACUUCCAGAGCAAGAAUUGACUCAAAUAGGAGUGAAAUUGGACACAGCCCUCCUCCUGCCUACACCCCUAUGUCAGGAAACCAGUUUGUGUACCGAGAUGGGGGGUUCGCUGCGGAACCGGGUGUGUCCGUGCCCUACAGAGCCACGACUAAUACGAUCCCCGAAGCUCCCGUCGCUCAGGGUGCCACAGCUGAGAUUUUUGAUGACUCCUGUUGUAAUGGCACCCUGCGCAAGCCAGUGGCACCCCAUCUUCAAGAGGACAGCAGCACCCAGAGGUACAGCGCAGACCCCACGGUGUUUGCCCCGGAAAGGAGCCCACGAGGAGAACUGGAUGAAGAAGGUUACAUGACCCCUAUGCGAGACAAACCCAAACAAGAAUAUCUGAAUCCUGUGGAAGAGAAUCCCUUUGUUUCUCGAAGGAAAAAUGGAGAUCUUCAAGCCUUGGAUAACCCCGAGUAUCACAAGGCUUCCAGUGGUCCACCCAAGGCAGAGGAUGAGUAUGUGAAUGAGCCACUGUACCUCAACACAUUUGCCAAUGCCUUGGGGAACGCUGAGUACCUGAAGAACAAUGUGCUGUCUGUGCCCGAGAAAGCCAAGAAAGCAUUUGACAACCCUGACUACUGGAACCACAGCCUGCCACCUCGAAGCACCCUUCAGCACCCAGACUACCUGCAGGAGUACAGCACAAAAUAUUUUUAUAAACAGAAUGGACGGAUCCGGCCUAUUGUGGCAGAGAAUCCCGAAUACCUCUCUGAGUUCUCCCUGAAGCCAGGCACUGUGCUGCCUCCUCCACCCUACAGACACCGGAAUACUGUGGUAUAAGCUCAGCUGUGGUUUUAAUGCAGAAAGACAAGCCCACUCCAGUUUCCAUACUCCCCUCUCUUUCUCUGAUGGUCUUCCUUCUAUCCCUAAGGCCAGUAGUGUUGACAUUUCCCUGUGGAGGAUACAGAGAUGCAAUGAUAGUUACAUGCUUAUAUAAUACAACUUGAAUAUUAGCAGGAAAGACUGAAGAGAAAGAUAGGAGGAACAGUAUCGUUUCUUCAUUUUUCUGCUUGGGUUGGUUAGGAGAAUGGAACAGCUAGAAAAGGACCAGACCACAUGGGGCAGAACUGCCUGCAGUUAUACUUGUUCUCAAUUUCUUAAUUUCUUUUUAAUAUAGAAGGUUGAAACACCUCUACUAUCUGUUCCUAUCUGUAGGAACUGAUGCAUACGUAAUCCACACCCCUGGAAAUCCUAAUAAAGUUUCCAUUAAAACAAAAGGAAAACCUUUCCUGUAAUAUACAUCAGUACUGAGAUAGAGUAUCCAAUGUCUUUUGACAACAGUUGUUAUGUUGGUAAGUAAGAAUGACCAACCCUGCUUUGAAAACAUUUGAGUCUCUAUCAAAUUGUAAACUAGUAAUUAUAUUUUAAAGUCUUUUAUUUUCAUAUUGGUUUUGCUUUGGCUUGAUCCUUAUUUAACUUUCUUCCCUAUUUUGACUCUUAAAGUUCCAAUUGUAAAGAUAGUUACAUCAAAACUGCUUGACAGAAUUUAAAUAAGAAGUACUCAAGAUGAUGUAAUGGCCACUGUUUUAAUUAUCAAGUCUUUCACGUUAGAAGAAGCCAAGAUAUUAAUUCAAUGAAACAGGAAGUCAAGUUUUCAUGUUUGACGUUGUUGAAAAUAUCCUCUUCUCAUCCUUCAUAUUCUUCAACAUUUUCUUCUCCAUAAAGUGAUAGUACUUGGUAGGCAGUUAGUCGUCUAAAUAAAAAAGGAAAUUAGAGACAGUUCUUUGUGGUUCAAGAAAACUACUGAAACGUUUAGGGGUGGUUCAAUGAGGGAAUCCACUGAACUGGAAGAAACACUGGAUUGGGUAUGUCUACUUGGAAGAUACUCAGAAAUGUAGUUUGCACUGAAGAUACGAUUUUAUUUGUUCUUUUUCAAUUUUGGAUUUUGAAUGAAGCAAUAUGAAAGCAACCAGCAGAUUAACUAACUUCAAUACAUUUUUUUUAAAAAGAGCUAAAAUAAAGGAAGGCAAUGAUAAUGCCAAACCGUGCAAAUUAGAACUUUGGGCAGUAUCCAGGAAUGGCGGUGAGAGCGCCAGCACAUGAUCCACUGUGAUAUCACAUUUGCUACCAAGAAAAUGUGUUCAGUUUGUCUACUUCAUAUGAAGAGAACCAAGGAUUGGCUUGAAUUCUGUGGAAUUUCUAAUAUGAGACUCUAUUUAUAUUGAGUAGAAAAUAGCUCUUUGCACAGAAAUUGGUAUAAUAAAAAAUAUAAACAUCCAUGAUUUAUGGAUAGGUAUUUGGGUCAAAAGUUGUAAAUAAAGACCAAUACUCUUCUCAUGUAA